UGAAUCUGCAGUUCCAUCCUCAAAAUUCUAAAAAAUGUCAGCUGCCUUUGAUCUCCUCUUCUUCUUCCUCUGUAUUCUCAUCCUUUUCUCCUUAUCAGAUGGGACUCAACUCAUAAUAGUAAACAACUGUCAAGAAAGCAUAUGGCCCGGAAUCCUUGCCACUGCAGGCCAUGACACUCCGGUAGACGGUGGCUUUUAUCUCAACUGCGGUGAACAGACAGUCCUUGAACUACCCGAACAAUGGUCGGGUAGAAUCUGGCCUAGACAAGGGUGUUGUUUCGACCAGACAGGCAAGGGAUCGUGUCAAACUGGAGACUGUGCUGGCCUUUUACAAUGCAAUGGCAUCGGCGGCAAGCCUCCAGCAACUCUUGUUGAAAUGACACUAGGGACCCCGAAAUCAGCCUUGCAUUACUAUGAUGUGAGUUUGGUUGAUGGGUUUAAUGUUCCUGUAUCGAUGGUGCCUGUGGGUGGCGGUGAGGGGUGUGGAGUGGCGGCCUGUGAGGCUGAUCUGAAUGUUUGUUGCCCUGCUGCUUUGGUUGUGAGGAAAGAAGGGAAGGUGGUGGGCUGCAAGAGUGCUUGUUUGGCUGCAAAAACGGAUAGGUAUUGCUGCACGGGAAAGUUUGCCAAUCCUCAGAACUGCAAACCUACAAUUUUUGCUCAUCUUUUUAAGGCCAUUUGCCCCAGGGCUUAUAGCUAUGCCUUUGAUGAUUCCACAGGGCUCAAAACUUGCAAAGCUCCUCGUUAUGUCAUCACAUUCUGCCCACCCAGCUGAAGGAAUAAUAUUUCUUCACUGUUUUCCUUUUCAUCAAAUUAAUUUUAAUCUUCCUAUGGCAAUUUGUAAGUUCUAAAUUUUAAGGUUAUAUUAACGGAAGUCAAAGCUAUGUAACCUCAACAGGGGAGAGUUAAAACCUUUCCCUUUGCCCUCUAUUCCUCUUUCCCUUCGUCACAUUCUUUUUUAUUGACGUUUUCUCCUUUCUUUCUUUCAUAUUAUGGGUAUUUGGACCUUGACUAAAUUAGUAUCACAUAU